AUGGCUAGGUUCAGCUUUGGCAUCCCCGGCCGCAGCAAGAAGCAGCCCGUGCCCGUCCCGCCGCCCCUCGAGCACAUGAGCAAGGCUCAGCGAAUCCUCGGUUCUGACCCCCUCUCUCCCACCAGCUGGGAGGAUAGCUCGGCCUCGGGCGUGAGCGCCUCCGUUCCGGAGACGGCCCCUAGCUCCAGCCGCGGCGACGACCCUGCGCGACGACCCCCGAGGGAGUGGGGCGACGAUUCCGACGUCGUGCCUCGUUACCUGAGGUUCGGUACCGCCGAAUACACCGACGACGAAGUCUACUCCCAGUACACCCGCGCCCCGCGUGAGCAACCCUCCGACUCGACCAUCAAGUCUUGGUACGACAAGUCCAAGCAACCGCUGGCCAUCUCCCAGCAAACCUCGGCCUCGGCUAUGGCCAAGGGACUGCCAUCCAAGGCCCAGAGGCUGCUCGACAUGGACAACAUCUACAGCCACACGGCUCAGCCGAGGGACCGCAAGAAGCCUGCUCAUCUCGACUUGUCGCGCGUCGCCAAGCCUGCAGGUCACGCUCCCGGCCGCGACGUCGACUGCGUGAUGAGCCCCGACUCGAUGGCGUCGCCGUCGUCUGCCGCCUCCCCCGCCACCCCAGAACGUCCCCGGCGAUCACGAAGGAGGCUCACGAAGCAGUCUACCCACGAGAGCCUGAAGCGCGAUGCCGCCGCCGCCGCCGCCGCCGCCGCCGCCGCCCCCGCGGCCAACACCGCCCCCCGCCCGGAGACGAGUGGAAGCCAGAGGCAACGCGCCAGGCUGCAGCAACUGCAGGAGCAGCAAGCACAGCUCCAGAGGCGACAGCAGACGGCAAACAAGUUCAGCGACAUUUCCAACCUGUACCGACACUACGAGCAGAUGUCAUUCUCCCAGUUCAUGGACGAGAUCGACGAUGACCCCGACAAGGCUCACGGCGGGGAGGCGCUGAGGAUGGACAAGGACCCGGCCGAGCUGGCACGGACGCUGGAUCUGGCCCCGGAUGCGAAGCCGGUCGGCCACCGGAGACGCAGAGACGACGGUCCUCUCGGCAGCCACCCGAUGCCGGAGAAGGCUGCUUCCAGGGAUGCGCCGCCGACCCAGCACAGCCAGCACUCCCAGGCCAGCAGCAGCGGCAGCCAGAACGGCAUGCACGCCCAGCUCGCACAGGCUCCUCGCCGUGGAUCGGACCAGCUGUCCCCGACGGACUGUGCCAGCAUAUCGAGCCGCCACACGCGCACGUCAAAGGCGUCUUUCCAGCUGUCGGAGCUUCAGGACAAGAGCGUGCUGAUGCUCUCUUCCGACUCCGAGGGGGAUGAUGACGAGACGUCGUACGUCGGCGGGCUGGCCCGGGACAGCGCAUCGAGUAUCGUGCCGGACGCGCCGGCACCCGGAUUCAGAGGCUCGUCCAUGCUGUCCGAUCCGUCCACCCUGGCAUCCGUGGCCUCUGAUGACAGCCAGAGCGCUCGCGGCCGAGGCUCGGUGCAGACGUUCAGGAACACGAGCUCCACCUCGACCGGCUUCUUCGCCAUGCACACGACCCACCUCUCGAGCAAGUCGAACACGUCCCUGCCCAUGACGGCUUCGUCUGCCGGAACGCUCGACAGCCAGCCGAAGCGGGAGAGCUACGGUAUCCAGCAGGCGCGUGCGGUAACCUUGGUGUCGGCCCGUGGACCACGAUCCGAUCCGUCAGACAAGGACGCGGCAGAGGACGACCUCAGCUCCGAGACGGACAAGUCUUCCUCCCGCCGUCGGUCCUCGGCAAGGCAGUCCCUGGCUGCUCCAUCCUCGGCGGGGGCGGCAUUCACACCUCCCCUCAGCCCCUCCUCCGUCGAGUCCUACCUACAGCCUGCGCAGCCCGCGCAGCCCGGAAAGCCCGCGGCCGAUGAGGGCGGGCAGGUCAUGGGCCUGACGCACCAGGAGAAGAUGCUCAUCCACGCUCUGCGCCAGCGCCGCGAGCAGAUGCGCAGGAACGGCCCCCCGGACGCCGCACGCCCGCAGCGUAGCCUUUCGGCCAUGGGUCACCGAUGCAACAUGUCGGAAGCCACCAUCAUGGACGACUGCUUCGGCUUCCCCGCCCCGCCAGCCGAUCGCGGGUUGAGAGCCAAUGGAAGGGUCUCGUCUGCCCAGUCUGCGAACUCGUCGAUCGUCAACCUCACCAUCCCUGAGCAUCCGAACGACAGGAAGCGUGACGGCGAGCCGCCGUCAUCAUCAUCCGCGCAGGACGACGCCGUCUUCCUGGUCUCGCCCCCGCCGUCAUCCCAUCAUCGCAAGGACCCGUUUCAUGCCAGCAGCAAGGCUCUCUCCCGGAAGCUGCGGAGCUCGGCAAGCCACGACUCCUUCCGCCCACGCAGCACUCGGCGUCAACCCACGCCCGUCACCACGCAGCCUAUGCUGGAGGAUGACAGAUCCUGGACCAAGAUGGACUUGGGCGGUCUCACGCACACUGACUCGACGAGCUCGUGGCUGCCUCGGAGCAGGAGCAUCACCAACCCCACCCACAUCAGGAGCUCUCUCCCGGCGCCGCCACGUCCGACGGCGGACUCGGUCCGACGCCAGAACUCGACGGCCACCCACAACCACCACCACCAGGACAGCACCGAGUCUUCAAGGCGGAACAAGGGCCCCGCCCGCAUCACCGGCCGUCACCACACGCACUGGGACAUUGCCGAAGAGGAGCGCCUUCCGGCUCCUCCGACUCGGCCGCACCCACCGAAGUCUCGGUUACCGCCCCAGCCCCGGUCCCAGCCGUGGCGUCUGUCGGCCGAGACGGACAGCGAUGACUACGACGGCGAGGAGCCUGGCAUUCCCAGGCCGGACAGUCCCAUCUCCCCCAUGACGAGGCCUACCGUGAUGGGUGGGAUGAUCAAGCCUGGCGUACGCCUCAGCGCGUUCGGGCCGCCGGCUACGACGGGACAGUUUGCGUGGUGGGGAAAUGAGGAUUGA